CUUUUUCCGCUUACGGAACAUAGGUCAUAGGACGGUAGACAUUUUGCUAGCUUGUUAGCAAAAUAAACUGUCGAGGUUAAUCUUAGGGCAACUUGGUUGUCAUCAAAGUUGCUCUUUGUCGCCUGACAGAUAAAGUCUGUUAUCAUGUGGUAUGAAAUUUUGCCCGGCUUCGCCAUCAUGACCGUGUGUCUGAUUAUUCCGGGCGUCGCUACCGCACAGAUCCACAAGUUCACCAACGGAGGAAAGGAAAAGAGAAUCGCUCGGGUUCCGUGGCAGUGGUAUCUUGUGGACAGAGACAGGCGAGUGUCAGGAACAGGAAAGAGUUAUGAGUCUAAGGGACUUGAGAACAUUCACUGAUGACAAGGAAUAUGAGGACCCACAUCAGAAGAAAGUUCGUUGUUGUACAUCACAAGAUUAUAUUUAACAUUCAGUGUUAGUUUGGGGUUUUUUUUCAGUCUUUAAGGCAGUUGUCCUUGUUCUCAAAUAAAAUGUUCCAUGCUGGA